AUGUCGCUAGGCCAAUUGGGUCUGCUUCCACCAGAACUGAUUCGUCAGAUAUGCUAUCAACUAACACUUGAUGACAUUCUUAAUCUACAGAAAAGCCAUCAUUUUCUUGAUGUAAUGAUCGACAAUGUAUUCUUCGACGACAUGAAAGUUAUGGAGGCGAGUUGUGAUGCUGAUGUAAUUGCUUGUUUGACAGGAACCGUUGUAUGCCUUUCUGCUCCUUCCACAUCCCAUCAGUUCUCCACGGCAGUUUCCGACAGCUGGAAGGAAGCGUUGUACAAAUCGAAAAGGGUAUCGAAGCUGUCAAUCAAGAGAACCGAAGAUGCGAAGGACUCUUAUAUGUUGGAUGUCAUCGAGAGAGCAGAGCUUCGCCUGCUCAGCCUGGAGAUCGUUCUUCUACCCGGCCAGGAAGAAACCUCUAAGCAUUCCAGAAAUCGUAUUUAUAUGGACAAUGACUCUCAACUUCAACAACAACUAGUCAUUCCAUUGUUCCAUGCAUUAAAUGAAGGUCGCCACUGCCCAUCAACGCUGACAUUGCGGAUUGAAUGGCGAGAGAAACCGGUAAUGGCGUUGCAGGCUGCAUUCCAUGCAGCUUUGCCUAGGAGUCAACGUUCCAAGCUGCGAGUACUUCGAUUAGGUAAGUAAAA